AUGUCUCUCCCCGAUGAAAAAACAGGGGUGGAAAAGACACCGUCUCCCAUCCAGCUACCCAGAGACUCGCUAUCAUCAUCACAUCAUUCGCGAAACAUCGAUACCAUAAGCGACGAGACGAACAGCCCAAUCACGGAAAAGACAGAUUCACCGCCAAGCGACGACAAUGCCGAGGCUGCCAAUCCCCAAGGCCCUACCCCUAACGGCACCGAAGCGAGCUACAAGCCAGGAACUCUCAAGUUCUGGCUCAUCAUCACCAGUGCCUUUGUGUCCAUGUUCCUCGUUGCUCUGGAUCGGACCAUCAUCUCCACUGCCAUUCCCACAAUCACCGACGAUUUCCACUCCCUCUCGGAUAUCGGCUGGUAUGGAUCAUCGUAUAUGCUUACGACGGCCGCCUUUCAAUUGGUUUGGGGGCGCAUUUACCGCUUUUACGAUCUGCGCUGGACAUUCUUAUGCUGCAUCGUCAUUUUCGAGAUUGGCUCUGCUAUUUGCGGUUCUGCACCAAGCUCGUCUGUUUUUAUUGCUGGGCGUGCCAUCGCAGGAGUGGGCUCUGCUGGCAUCACGACCGGAUCUCUGCUCACUACCAUUGACAUGAUUCCAUUGAGGAAGCGUCCCAUGUUUCAAGCCGCGUUUGGUCUCGUGUUUGGCGUAUCAAGUAUUACCGGCCCUCUGAUGGGCGGCGCCUUUACAGAAAACGUUUCGUGGAGAUGGUGCUUCUACAUCAAUCUUCCCGUCGGCGCCGUUGCCUUCGCCUUUCUCUUCUUCUUCCUGAGACUUCCCAAGAAGACUCACCCUUCCGCCACCAUCAAGCAGCAGAUCCUUCGUCUCGACCCUCUCGGCACCUUCUUCUUCAUCCCGUCUACGGUAUGCCUCUUGCUUGCCUUGCAAUGGGGAGGAUCAAAAUACGAGUGGAGCAACUGGAGAAUAAUCUUCCUCUUCAUCAUGUUUGGAGUGACUGCUUUGGCAUUUGCCCUUGUUCAAGUCAAGAUGCCCGACACCGCGUCGCUACCUCCCAAGCUCAUUAUUCGGAGGACCAUGCUUUCUGCCACAUUUUACAUGCUCUUUAUUGCAGGCGCCAUGAUGCUCUUGGUUUACUUCAUUCCUCUGUGGUUCCAAACUACGCAUGGCAUCAGUCCCGUGAGAUCUGGCAUUUAUACACUCCCACUUGUUCUGAGUCUCGUCGUCUCCGUCACCAUAUCUGGAUUUAUGACCCAGAAGAUUGGAUACUAUUUGCCGGCUUUAAUCAUUGGUCCCUGCAUAAUGGCCGUCGGCGAAGGCCUUCUAUACACAUUGAAGCCGAGCUCUGGAUCUUCUGAAUGGAUUGGUUACCAAUUUCUCGCCGGGUUUGGUCUGGGGUUUGCAUUCCAGACCGCAAAUCUUGCAGUCCAGGCGACAAUUCCGAACAAGGAGAUCCCUACCGGGGUUUCCAUUCUCUUCUUUGCCCAGCAACUUGGAGGUGCCAUCUUUGUUUCCGUCGGCCAAACAGUGUUGAACACCUUGCUCGUUUCUCACCUGGAGGGCGUGCCCGGACUAGAUCCCGCGAAGAUCAUCACGACUGGUGUGACUGAGCUUCAAAAUGCUGUUCCUCCGCAGUAUGUUUCGGUUGUGAUUGAUGCAUACAAUUACGCGUGUACGCACAUCUUUAUUGCUGCAUUGGCGUUGACUUGUGCGCAGCUGGUUUGCGGCUGUUGCGUGGAAUGGGGAACCGUCAAGAAGCCAGAGAACCAGCAAGGAAAACCACAGUGA